AUGUUAUCAAUUGAUGAUAAAGGAGCGUUGCUUAAUGGAACGGGAAUGGGGGCUAAUGGUACAAAUAUGGUUAACGGUAGAGUAACAGGACAGUCAUCCUCUGUCAAUGGAAAUACAUUUAUGGGGCUGAGUAAUACUGGUAACUCUGGUAAUUCAACGAUUUUAGCCAAAGGAGGAGGGGCUGGCCCUUCAAGUGCUCUAACUAAUGCAAAUUUGCAACUGGUUGGACCUAAUGGAGUUCCACAAACCGAAAACAUUCGUGGAAGUGUGGACGCAACAGGAGACAAUACAAACGUUUCUAGUAUUAGCCAACUUGUCAACACAAACGGAGUCCAAUCCUUAUUUAACAAUCAACAAUCGGGUGUCCAAAGUAAAGGGGCGGCACAGUCUUCGGCUUCUAACAGUGCCGUAUUAAAAAGAAAAAAAAGAAGUGAGGAAGAAAUUUUAAAAAUUGAAGGGGAACGUAAAGCUAGGUCAGCAGAAGAAAACAAUUCUUUACGUCAGUUGCUUGAAAAGAAUGGAAAUGAACAAAUUGUUGCUUAUAUUUAA